AUGACUACUGUAUUGGAUCUAGAGAAAAACAGGUUGAGAGUGGAGCAAGAGGAAAAAGGUUGGCUUGGGGAGUCUCCGCCAGAGAGUCGCCGCGGUUUCCUGCUUCAGCAGUGCUCGGACGGAACCGGCGCUCAGAGCCAGCCUCUGCCCCUCCACGCAGCGCUCUCGGACGCGCCCAGGCCCAGGCCCAGGCCCAGGCCGCCGCCGCUCUUCAGCCGCCGCCAGGACGCCGCGGCCCCCUCGCAGGUGCGCCUUCUGCCACCAGGACUCGAGGCCGCCGUCCACCGCCAGGUCAACGUGGAGCUCUAUGCGUCCUACGUCUACUUGUCCAUGUCUUACUACUUUGAUCGUGAUGAUGUGGCUCUGAAGAACUUUGCCAAAUAUUUUCUCCACCAAUCUCAUGAGGAGAGGGAACAUGCUGAGAAACUGAUGAAGCUGCAGAACCAACGAGGUGGUAGAAUCUUCCUUCAGGAUAUUAGGAAACCAGACCGUGACAAUUGGGAGAAUGGGCUGAAUUCAAUGGAGUGUGCGUUACACUUGGAAAAGAGUGUGAAUCAGUCACUACUGGAACUGCACAAACUGGCCACUGAUAAAAACGACCCCCACUUGUGUGACUUCAUUGAGACGCAUUACCUGAAGGAGCAGGUGAAAUCUAUCAAAGAACUGGGUGACCAUGUAACCAGCCUGUGCAAGAUGGGGGCUCCCGAACCUGGCAUGGCAGAGUAUCUCUUUGACAAGCACACCCUGGGAAACAGUGAUAGUGAGAGCUAAGCCUUAGGUUGUCUUCCCAUAGCCACAGGGUGA